AUGUUGUUUGUCAGGCUCCCUUGGGCGCUUUGCGCAGUUCUCCCCACAGAUGUUUUGCCUCUGCCUUUGCACGUCCCCAACAAGACAUCGGUGAUGCGGCCCUCGCCAAUGCAGCAGCAGCAUUUCAUGUUAUCUCCGGAGGCGGCGUCGGCCUUUGGCGAAGCCGAAGCUGCGGGGAUGGAAGACUCGCCUUACUUUGGGUCGAUGUCGUUGAAGCGGCUGGAUGUAGCGCCUUUCUGGAAGGUGGUGGGCCGCAGCCGCAAGCGAUCACACACACGUCCGCCCUCCCAUUGGCAGCUCGAGGCGUUCUUUGCCUCCACCGUGGCUGGCGAGUGGAUCUUCUUCGGCAGCGUGUGGGUCUUGCUGAUGCGCUUGAGCUGGUUUAUCCACGAGUUGCAGCUGGUGUCCUGCUGUUCUCAUGCUGCCGCCCUCUUCGUGUGGACGCUGGCGGCGAUGCUCUAUCUGCUGUGGACCUACAUGGGUUCUGGCCCUGAGUUGGCGGACAAGUGGCUGGAUGGUUAUGUCAUGGAGUUGGUGCUCUCGAUGGAGAACAUCUUCCUCUACCACAUGGUGCUGGGCGCCUUCAAAGUCCCCCCACGGAUGGCCCGCUUCGCACUUUUGGUGGUCUCCCUCUUCCAGAUGGUCUUCCAAAUGUUCCUCUUCAUGGGCAUCGCGGCCUUCAUCCAAGACCUGGAGAUCUUGCCAUACCUCCUGGGCGCUUGGCUCAUCGUCGUGGGGAUCCAGACCAUGCGUGAUGAUGAUGAAGAAGGCUUCGACGCCGCCAACUCGGAGGCCUAUAAGACCUGCCGCCUGGCGCUGGGCGACCGCCUGCUGCCGCGCUAUGAUGCGGAGGGGCGGAUCUUCGUGUACCAGAAUGGCAAGCUCUCAGUGACGAUGAUGGGGCCCGUGAUUCUGUGCUUGCUCGCCAUCAUGUUCGCCAUGGAGGUGGACGUGACCUUGGCCAAGAUCGAGGAGAUUGACAACCAUUUCAUCGCUUGGUCCUCUUCGGUGCUUGCAGCGUUCGCCUUGCCGGAGCUUUUCGUUGUGGUCUGUGAGCUCUUGAGGCGCUUCUACCUCUUGAAGCCUGCGAUCAGCUUCCUGGUGAUGUUCUUCGGCAUUUUGCUGCUCUUCCGGGACACCAUCGAGCUGGGUGAUGCGGCGGAGCUCAGCGUCAUGCUGGGCAUCGUCUUCGGCUCCAUCCUCGUGUCACCGCUGCUGGGCUAUCCCGAACGCUCGGGCGCCAGCUACGACGGCCUGGAGGGCAAAAGUGCCGCCGAGGUGACGCUCCGUCGGUCCAGGGGCAAGAAGGCCGACGAGGAGUCCAUCUUCGAAACGCGCGAAGGGGAGCGUGAUGAGGAAGUAGCCAGCCUCAAAACGGACGCGACCUUGACUCCCAUCGAUGAGCGGAUUGCGGAGGUGGUGCGCUUGGCCAAGCCCACGGCGACGGUGACCUACGUGGGGAAGGGCACCGAUGUGAGCACGGCGAAGAUGAAAGUGCAGCAGGAUGACAUCUCUUCCCAGCUGGUGGCUUUGGCCAAGGAAGGGAAGUCCGUGUGUCGGCUGAAGGGGGGCGACCCGAGCAUCUUUGGCCGCGUCGGCGAGGAGAUGGAGGAGCUGUGUGCUGGGGAGGUGCCCUUCGAAGUGGUGCCAGCGGUCACCGCGUGCCUGGCGGCCAGCGCCGACGCGCGCGUGCCCUUGACCUUCCGGAACUGUGCCACGGCGGUGCGAGUGCAAACCAUGAACCCGUCGACCAUCAAGGAUGAGCGCUUUGAUUGGUCGCAGUUCGCAGCGCCUGGUACGACCUUCGCGCUCUACAUGGGGCUGAAUGUGGUGGAAGGCGUCACGCAGAAGAUGCUGUGCGCGGGCGUGGCCCCGGGGACGCCCAUGGCUUUGGUGGACCGCGCCUCCUUGCCAGAGAUGCAGGUGGUGGCGGGGACGGUGGAGACCUUGCCGGAACUGGUGAAGGAGCGCAGCGACCUGCCAGGCCCUGCGUUGAUCUUGAUGGGUGAAGUGGUUGGGCUGCGCGAGCGCAUUGCAGGUUUGCGCGCUCCAGUGCCCACGCUGGGCCAACCGGCUAUAGCCUCGGUCUUGGCGCAGCUGCCUUCUCUCAGUGAUGACGAGCUCAGGCAGCUGCAGCAGGAGGUGGAAGAGACGCGCCAGCAGAGGAAGCGGAAGCGCGAGGAGCUGGAGGCCAGCUGA